CAACCAAUCUUGUUUUCCUGGUUUACUAAGCUUCCGCGGAACUGCACAACUCAAACAUUUACCCAGGCUUCACAAGUAGACUGAAUUCCUUUACAUGCACACACACAUCCUUAACUUUUGGAGGACUGGGCAUUCAUCUCUCGAUUUCUGAGCAAUGGCAGAUGAGCUAUUCAGAGUGCGCAGCAAAUUUGUGGAAAAGGUGUCAAAAUCUAUGCUCAAGCAGCUCCUCGAUGAUCUUUUGUUGGAUCGUUUGUUAAAUGAUGGAGAGGUAGAAUCUAUAGUGGAGGACAAUUCUGCUAAAUCGGACAUGGCUCGCUGCCUUGUCGACAUGGUGAGAAAGAAGGGGGACAAAGCCAGCAGAAAGCUGAUCCAGCACAUUGAAGACAGAGAUCCUUCACUUUAUGAAGUACUUGAGCUGUCCUGUGGUCCAGCACCAGAUGCAGCUCCUCCAAAACAGAAAACCUGGUCAAACACACUCAUCCCUGUCACCGACUCCUGGAAAAGGAAUAAAAUGAAUGACGCAGAUAUUUACCAAGUGUCUGCAAAGUCUUUAAAAAGUCGUGUGGCCCUUUUAAUCACUAAUAGAAAUUUUACUGAUGAACGCUUAACCAGAAAGGGAGCUGAGAAAGACGAGGAGAACAUGUUGAAUCUGCUGAACUCCCUGCAAUACGAGGUGGUGAAACACAAUGACCUUACAGCAAAGGAUAUUGAAAAGGCUCUUUGUGAAUUUACCAAACAUGCCAAACUCCAAGACACAGACAGUGUGUUUGUGGUGAUCAUGUCUCAUGGGAAACGGGGAGUUGUGCUUGGCGUCGAUCACAAAGCAGAUAAACCAGAUGAAUUCCCUGUUGACAAAAUCUAUAAAUAUCUGGGUCCACAAAAAUGCUCUGCACUGAUGAACAAACCCAAGAUCAUCAUCAUCCAAGCAUGCAGAGGAGAACGGGGUGGAGCUGUGAUUGUUAGCGACAGUCCUGAACUUGAGGUGGUGUCUGAUGAUGCAUCACACCAGCCGCCCGCUCAUGCAGGCAACAUCGUUGAGGACUCCAUUCGAUAUGUUCACAAGGAAAAGGACUUUAUUUCCCUGCUGUCGAGCACGCCUGACACUGUCUCAUACAGAAGAGAGGAUUUAGGCUCCUUCCUGAUACAGUACAUUGUUGAAGUCUUUAACACCUGCUCACAUGAGGACGACAUUGAUGAACUUUUCAGAAAGGUCAUGCAGCGUUUCGAAGAGUUUCCUGAUGAAACCAAAAGACAAAUGCCAACCAAAGACCGAUGCACUCUAACCAGGCGCUUCUACCUUUUUCCUGGUCAAUGAGGCAGCAUAAAAGUUUGAUAAAUCCAUCAGUUGUUUAGCUAAUGAUGCUAUGGAGUCUUCG